UACGUUUCGUGCAGUCGAGAAUAGUCUAUCAAAGGACGCGCAACUCUCGCGGAAGAUUUAUUUUCAAAUACAAUUUAAACGCGCGAAAAUUAAAGAAACGUCAAUCAAUAGUGUUUCAAGAAAUCUCCAAGUAGAAGAAAUACGACUUUCAUCUUGUCAAGAAAACUUUCUCUUCGUAUUAGCUAUGUUUUGCGAUCCGUUUGUAUUGUUCAAUAAAUAUGCAAAUAUGUGUAGAAAAUCUUUUAUUAUUAAUAUAUUUACGAUGGAUUUAAAAGAAACGUUAAUCCUUAUUUACGACGUUCUAUUAUUCUUGAUAAUGUCAAUAUUCUAUAUAUUCGAAACAAUAAUAUUUACAAUCGUUCCACAACGUUAUCGUGAAAAAUCUAUCAAAGGGAAAAUAGCUUUAAUUACUGGAGGUGCCACUGGAAUUGGUAAAUUGAUUGCCCAGAAAUUAUCUUAUUUAGGUGCUAACGUUAUCAUCUGGGAUAUAAAUAAAUCAGCACUCGAAGAUACGGUAAAUGAAAUAAGAAGACACGAUGGAAAAUGUUGGGGAUAUUAUUGCGAUAUUUCUAAUCGAGAAGAAAUAUUUAGAAUUGCGAAAUCCAUUAAAAUUGAGAUUGGUAAUAUAUCAUUAUUGAUAAACAAUGCUGGUUAUGUAUAUGGUAAAACUCUUUUGGAUAUACCAGACGAAGAAAUAGAACGUACAUUUAAAAUAAAUAUAUUGGCGCAUUAUUGGACGAUUAAAGCAUUUUUAAAAGAUAUGAUGAAAGAAAAUUAUGGACACAUCGUAACAAUAGCAAGUGUUGCUGGUUUAUUAGGAACUUACAAUUGCACUGAUUAUUCAGCCACAAAAUUUGCUGCCAUUGGACUUCACGAAAGUCUUUUUUCAGAACUCAAAGCUAAUGGAUACGAAGGGAUUCAUAUGACACUCGUUUGUCCUUAUUUGAUUAAUACGAAAAUGUUUUAUGGUGUUAAACCUAGAUUGAUGAAAAUGCUCGAACCCGAGUACGUUGCCGAAGAAGUAAUAAAAGGAAUAUUAUUGAACAAAGUAAAUGUUACAUUACCUAACAUUGUCAGACUUCUUUUGCCACUAAAAUGCUUAUUACCUGCAAAAAUGUGUUGGGAUUUAAUGUAUCGUAUAAUACGUGGACCACAAUCAAUGAUGAUGUUUAAAGGACAAGAAAAUAUAGAGAUGCAUCAAAAAAAUAAUAAUAUUAUUGAAAAGACUGAAAAAUUACACCUACAGUAAUUAUAUUCAAAAAUAUACUGCAUAAUUUUAUACGUAUAUCAAUCGAUGGAUUAUGAAAACCCAAUCGGCAGAAUAUGAUACUUCAUUAGAAAAUUCUUAUAACAAGUCAUAAAAAUAAUUCAAUCCUUGACCAAGCUCCCAAAUAGCAAUACCUGUACCUAAUUCUGCUGCAAGGUCAAAUCGAUGUAUGAUGGAAUACAAAGUAGGAUAAAAAAUAUAUCCACUGCCUAAAGAAGAUCUGAAAUAUAUGAUAUUUAAUAACAGAUGAAGUAUUAAUGAAAAUUAUAAGUUGAGAAAAAGUUGAUCAAAUCAAAAAUCUUACUUUGCUUCAAAAAAAUGUUCUUUACUUCUAUCAUCCCAUUGAAUCUUGCUUUUGAAUGAUUCAAGACUUUUUAGGUAUUGUGAACCUAAAAUAGGUCCACCACCUUCUGGUGUAUAAUUGUAUCCAUAAAAAUUGAUACCUAGCAAGAUUUGAGUUCGUCUGGGAUCAUUUUGAUCUGGAAUUAAUAGUUCUACACAUUGUCUUGCCCAAGAAAGUGGACUAUUAGGACCAGGACGUUGAAUGCUUGAGUAAUCGUAUGUCAUCAAAGAGAAAGCUUUAACAUGGGGUGCCAAUUCAUUGAAUUGGUCUCUUGAAAAUAAUUGUGCUUUUGUACUAAAAAAUCAAAAUAAGUCUAAUUAUUUAAGAGAUUAUCAGAAAAAAAAAAUAAUAAUGUAAGUAAUAUGAGACUUACCCUCUUGAUGGUGGAACUGCUAAUAUUAUGUCAAGAUGAUUGUUUUUUAAUUUUUGAGCAAUUGUUUUAACCACAGACAAAAUAAUU